AUGUUCACAGGCAACGAACCGGGCAACGAGAAGCUCACUGCUGAUGAGAUGAUCCAAGACUGCAACCUUAAAGCUCAGACUAAGAUCCAGGCUCUAACGGACAAGAUCACGUCUUACACCGACAUCUUGAAAAUAUUCAAUUGGGAAAUGCUCGCAGAUCUCUCUGAUACCGCAAAUGUCAUCGUUACCAAGAGACGAGUUGUGCAAGAGUCGGUCCUCUGGGCGGUAGCAAUCCGCGCCGUUGCCGUGCCUGACAGUGGACAAACAACAGAUCUGUGGAGGGCUCACGACGAACUCAGAGACACUGUGCUGGCGAUGACUGAAGUCGUCGAAGCGUUUCGGAAUGAUCGACGGAUCCUUGACAUCGUUGAACUGGUACAAAAGGUAUACAAAUUUCGCCUCCCGAACGUGACCUAUACCGGAGUAUGGGCGAUCAACAUGGAAGGUAAACUGUCGAAAGCAGCCCCUGGGCCGGGAUCACAACCUCAAGCAUUUACCGAAGCACAGAUAACAGCUAUGGAGCAACGGGUGGCCCAAGCAUCGGCAAUAUUGCCGAUGGAGAUUCGUUUGGAUGUAACGGUGAAGUUUCUUGGGCGUUUGGCGAUGGAGAAGCUAGGCGGGGACAUCACUGUGGGCAUCGACUCCUACAUGCAACGGACGAAGGCCAAGUACGACCGAAUGAGAGAAGACCAGGGGGCCCAGAUGGCAGACAACACAGUAUUGGGACAUUCUUCCGCGACCAUCUCGACAGCUGAAUCCCUAGUCAUGACCGGCUGGGACAGCUUCAACGCUACCCAAAUCAAUACCGAUUCGGAUGAUUACUACGCCAAACUCGAUCCCCGACUUCAAAUCGAUUGGCAGUAUCGAACCACGGAACACGACUGA